AUGGGUUCCCCGAGUGGACCCCUCCGCCCCCGAGCGUCGUCAAACUUUAUGGGCCUCCGCGCCACCGGAUUCCCUCCGUCGAUGACGCCGCAGGAGAAGCACCUCUUCUCUGACCGCGUCAACUCGGCGACGACGCGGCUCUCGAGCACCAUGGCCGCCAGCGAAACCCCCGAGGGCUACAUCUUCGUCGUCUACUUCCACAAGACCAGCGCCGCCGAUGCCCUCGCCGCACUGCGGGCCGCGGACAUCCGAGUCAGAGGCCACGAAAUCCAAUUUUCCUGGCACUGA